CGUGUACGUGGAGUCUUCACUGUACAAGGCUCCAAAAUUAAAACUCACCGAGCGCAAAGAAGUCUGGGACUAUGAAGCCUCCAUUUCCAAACAAAGUUCUUACCCCUGUUUUCUCAACAACCCUCACAGUUUCUACGUAUCAUGGGAAGCAGCCUGCUGUAAGAUGGCUACCUCAAACAAUCACCAGCCUGUCCUUUCCAACGCCUCCCACCCCGAGGAAUACAAGAUCGCAGCCCUGGUCUUCUACAGCUGCGUCUUCCUGGUUGGAUUACUUGUGAACGUCACCGCCCUGUGGGUGUUCAGCUGCACAACCAAGAAGAGGACCACUGUGACCAUCUACAUGAUGAACGUGGCACUGCUGGACUUACUCUUCAUCCUGAGCCUGCCCUUCCGGAUGUUCUACUAUGCAAAAGGCGAGUGGCCAUUUGGAGAGCUCUUCUGCCACAUUCUUGGGGCCCUGGUGGUGUUUUACCCAAGCCUUGCUCUGUGGCUUCUUGCUCUCAUUAGUGCGGAUAGAUACAUGGCCAUAGUGCAGCCAAAAUACGCCAAGGAGCUCAAGAACACCUGCAAGGCCGUGCUGGCGUGUGGGGGUGUCUGGGUGAUGACCUUGACAGCCAGCGUCCCUCUGCUGCUGCUCUACGAAGACCCAGACAAAGCCUCUUCCCCUGCCACCUGCCUGAAGAUCUCUGACAUCGCCCACCUACGAGCUGCCAAUGUGCUCAACUUCACGCGACUGCUGCUCUUCUUCCUGGUUCCUCUGUUCAUCAUGAUAGGCUGCUACGUCAUCAUUAUCCACAGCCUGCUGCGCGGGCAGACGUCUAAGCUGAAGCCCAGGGUCAAGGAGAAGUCCAUCCGGAUCAUCGUCACGCUGCUGGUGCAGGUGCUCACCUGCUUCGUGCCCUUCCACAUCUGCUUUGCCUUCCUGAUGCUGCAGGGGCAGGAGAGCAGCUACAGCCCGUGGGGCGCCUUCACCACGCUCCUCAUGAACCUCAGCACGUGUCUCGACGUCAUCCUCUACUACAUUGUGUCCAAACAGUUCCAGGCCCGCGUCAUUAGCGUCAUGCUGUACCGCAAUUACCUUCGGAGCGUGCGCAGAAAAAGUUUCCGUUCCGGCAGCUUACGGUCGCUUAGCAACAUGAACAGUGAAAUGCUGUGAGUCACAGCAAGCUGCCUGUCUUUAAUCUCCUUAAAUUAAUU